AUAUCCACGCAUCUUCAAUUAGGGUUUGCUUCUUAACAAAGAGAGGCGCAGCUUCUGUUUCCAUUCUUCACUUUGUUGCCCUAACUUUGUAAUUCCAAAAUGGCAAGAGGAUUGAAGAAGCAUUUGAAGAGGCUCAAUGCCCCCAAACAUUGGAUGCUUGACAAAUUGGGUGGUGCUUUUGCUCCAAAACCCUCAUCUGGACCACACAAGUCCAGGGAAUGUCUCCCACUCAUUCUCAUCUUGCGUAACAGAUUGAAGUAUGCUUUGACCUACCGUGAAGUCAUUGCUAUUCUGAUGCAACGCCAUGUCCUUGUUGAUGGCAAAGUUAGGACUGACAAGACCUAUCCAUCUGGAUUCAUGGAUGUUGUGUCAAUCCCGAAAACAAAUGAGAACUUUCGCCUGCUCUAUGACACUAAAGGCCGAUUCCGUCUCCACUCAGUCAGAGAUGAUGAGGCAAAGUUCAAGCUCUGCAAGGUUCGGUCUGUGCAAUUUGGGCAGAAAGGUAUCCCAUACCUGAACACUUAUGAUGGCCGCACUAUCCGCUACCCAGACCCUGUCAUCAAGGCAAAUGACACCAUUAAGCUGGAUCUGGAAGAAAACAAGAUUGUUGAUUUCAUCAAAUUUGAUGUUGGCAAUGUAGUUAUGGUUACUGGUGGAAGGAACAGGGGGCGUGUUGGAGUGAUCAAGAACAGGGAGAAGCAUAAGGGAACAUUUGAGACAAUCCACGUUCAGGAUGCCACUGGACACGAAUUUGCAACUCGUUUGGGCAAUGUGUUUACUAUUGGCAAGGGGACAAAGCCAUGGGUAUCUCUUCCCAAGGGUAAGGGUAUUAAACUCACAGUCAUCGAAGAAGCUAGAAAAAGGGCUGCAGCCCAACAAGCAAUUGCUGCUUAAAUCUUUAUGGAAUGAAUUUAUAAUAGACUUGUGUGUUAGUUUUGUUCAACAAUUUUGGUUUUUAAUGUUUGUUGUUAAUCUUGUCAUAGAAUCUCUCUUAAUUAUCUAAUGCCUCUAUUUUAUUUUGGAAAAAAAUAAAGGUGUAAUGUGUUUUAACAUUCUCUUAAAAGCUUCUUUUAAAGGAAAA